AUGGGGAAUGCCCAGGGCAGGUGUCAGGACGUGCAGCUGGGACCUCGGACAGCAGCUGAGGUUGCAGAUACAGGCCAGGAGGAGGUCGAGAGCUGCAGUGAGCGCUUCCUGUUGGCUGCACUGAUCUUAGCAGGUGGUACCUGUGUGGUCUGCGAGAACAUCCAGCCCACCCGAGAGAGCGAGGACGAGGAGGACGAGGAGAAGAAGGGCAGGGGCUGCUCCCUGCAGUAUCAGCACGCCACGGUGCGCGUCCUCACCCAGUUCGUGGCCGAGGCGCCCGACUUGGGUCAGCUGAGCUACAUGCUGGGCCCCGACUGGCAGUUCGACAUCACCAACCUCGUGGCCGAUUUCAUGACGGUGGAGGAGCCGAGGAUCGCGCAGCUCCAGGGCGGCAGGACCCUGGUGGGCCGGGAGCCGGGGGUAACCACGGUGAAGGUGCUCUCACCUCUGCCCGACUCCAUCCUGGCUGAGAAGACAGUGAUCGUGCUGGAUGAACGCGUCACCAUCGCCGACCUGGGCGUGCAGCUGGUGGCUGGCUUGUCUCUUGCCCUGCAGCCUCAUAGAGCGGACAAGAGGGCUAUUGUCUCCACGGUGUCUGCCCAGGACGUCCUCCAGGCCCCGCAUUGUUGGAUUUUGGUCGGUGAUGGUUCGGUGACACCCUUAGACAUUUAUGAUUCCAAGGAUUUUUCAGUUACUGUGUCAUCAUUGGAUGAAAUGGUGGUGUCUGUCCAAGCAAACCUUCAGUCCAGAUGGCCGGUUGUGGUCGCACAGGGUGAAGGGCAAGGGCCCUUGAUUAAAUUAGAAAUGAUGAUUAGUGAGCCCUGUCAGAAGACCAAGAGGAAGAGUGUUCUUGCCGUGGGUAAAGGGAAUGUCAAGGUCAGAUUUGAACCAAAUAUUGAUGAGCACCAAGGAGGCACCAACAAUAUUGAGGGCAUCAGUCGGGAAUACAAGGACCACCUCAGUAAUUCCAUAGAGCGUGAAGGAAACCGGGAGAGAGCAGGUCAGGAGUGGUUCCAACAUGGCGCCUCGGUUGGCCAAGAGGAACGUAGCAACAAAAGCACAACCCCACAGUCUCCCCAGGAAGGAAAGGAUAAGAAGUCACUCAAGAGUGGCGGUCCAGACGCGUUCACAAGCUUCCCCACUCAAGGGAAGUUACCGGAACCCAAUAAUCCCAGUGACCUGACAGUGACCUCCAGGGGGUUAAGUGACUUGGAGAUCGGCAUGUACGCUCUGCUCUGUGUCUUCUGCCUGGCCAUUUUGGUCUUCUUGAUCAACUGUGUGGCCUUUGCUUGGAAAUACAGACACAAAAGAUUUGCCGUGAGCGAGCAAGGCAACAUCCCCCAUUCCCAUGACUGGGUCUGGCUUGGGAAUGAAGUAGAACUUCUGGAGAACCCCGUGGACAUCACCCUCCCGUCGGAGGAGUGCACGACCCUGAUAGACAGGGGACUGCAGUUCGAGGAGAGGAACUUCCUUCUCAAUGGAGGUUCCCAGAAGAGUUUCCAUAGUCAACUGCUCAGACCCUCUGACUAUGUCUAUGAGAAAGACCUUAAAAGUGAGCCUAUAAAUCCAUCGGGCCCAAAGCGGAAGCGAGUCAAGUUUACUUCCUACACCACCAUCCUCCCGGAGGACGGUGGCCCAUAUACCAACUCCAUCCUGUUUGACAGUGAGGACAACAUCAAGUGGGUCUGUCAGGACACGGGGCUGGAGGGUCCCCGGGACCUUAGAGACUAUACGGAAAGCCUGCAAGACCACAUGUGAACUCCUUUCUUACGUUUGUAUUCACCUUUAUGCCUUCUGUUUUUUGAACGGUGGAGCAGUGAGUCUGUUCAGCAAUAGGGGAUGAUUUAACAAAGCUUCAUUUGGGGCGGUCUGGGGCGGGGAAUCCCUUUCUGAGCAGGUGUCAGAGGCCUGGAGAGCUAUAGC